CGUAAAUAAGAAAACUAAUUGUGUAAACCAAGAGACACAAAACGGCAUUUCUCCACUGCGGUUCAUUUAACUAACUUAGUAACUUAACUGUACUUUUUCGUCAGUCAAGCUAAAACAACGUCGGAAACGCACGCGUAUCUUUAAAGAUAAAACAAAAGAUAAAUGAUAAAGUUUAAUAAAGAAAAAAGAUAGAAGAAAUAAUAUUAUAUAAAAAGAAAGAUCCCAGUUUUGUUAUGUUAAUUAAUUAAUAUUAAACCAGUUAUGUGACAUUGAAAAGUUGUUUGGUGACUGUGAAUUUGUUUUUUUUUUAUUUAUUGAAAAACAAAAUGUUUCAAUACGAGUAUGAGAAGCGGCCACAAUCCCGCGACAGUCGCGCUACAGGCUGCGACAGUCGCGCAACGGGCCGCGACAGUCGCGCCACCGUACGCGACUGGCACUCGCGACCAUUGCCACCACGACCUGAGGACAGACUGCCUACUAAAACUAGUGUGCCAUUGAAGGUGUGGGUGAUAGCCAGUGCAUCAUGCUUCGCAGUCUGCGGCGCGCUGGUGCUGGCCACCAUCGUCAUCACCAGGACAGCUGCCAGCGACAGCUACAGCUCCCGAGAACUGUAUGCUGAGGCCAGGGAACCACUGUAUCCCAUAGGUUAUCCACAACCAAGGCUAUUAACAACUACUCCAGCUGAAACCACAACACAAGACAAUGACGACAUCCAAUACCCGAUUCUAGAAAAGCUCUCCAUUUUCAAAAACAUAGUCGCAAGCAGAGAAAAGAAGAAACUGGAUGAAAACCUCGUAUCAAAACCACAGAUACAUCCAAUACACGACAUAAUAAACCAUCCAGAAAGAAAAAUCGAGAAAAAGGAUAAACCAAAAAUCACCGACACAAAAAAUCCUUUAACAGAUCAGUAUACUAAUCAACAAAAUAUUAAAAAACAUAUAAAAACACAUCCUAAUCCCAGUAAUGUAGAUAUUAAAUCUGAAACAGCAAAUACUAAAUACCCAAUUAACAAUGAAAACAUACACACAAAUCUUAAUAACAAAAUUAAUAAUAUAAAUACUAAAGCAGAAUUUAACAAAAUACCCGAUUUUAAACCUACCCUACCAGAAAUAUUUGUUAAGGACAACAUAAAACUGACAGAUGGGUACAUAGCAGGUAUAAAUCUAGACAACUACGAAGAAUACUAUGACGAUAGCAAUUUAUACGACGAUUAUAUACAGAGUAACUCAAUGACGAGUUAUUUAAUAGAAAAAGUUCAAGAACUGCACGAUUGGAUAACAUCUGAUGCUGAUUUUGAUGAGAAACCAAAAGAAAAACAAUUUAAAAGCAACGCAACAAAUAAUAAUGAAUUCGGACAGUUACUUGUUGCUUUAAAUGAGAGUUUGGUUGAAGGAAAUGUCACUAUAGUCAUGAAUAAGCUAAGGGAAUUGUAUUAUGGUGAGAAUCUCACUGUGGUGAAUCAGAGCAAGAAGAUUAUUCUGAGCAAUAGUACAAAUUUGCUGUCGUUUGGUAUACUAACUCUUGAUGUUAUGUUGUUACAUAAUAUACAACUCAUGGCCUGGGAUAAUCAGGAGACAGCGCGGAACAAAAUGCUCAAAGAUCCUGACGUGUUCGCCUUUAAUGCCUUGUUCAUGGAGCCCUCCAAAGUUGAAGCCAAGAGGAGCGAAGUAUACCAUCACGACGGCUUCUUGAAACGCCAAAAUGUCCGCCAAGAAACCGAGGAGUCAGACUUCGGAAGGAAUCUCCUGGAGAAUGUUCUGGAGAUAGGCAUGAGCACCGCGCGCGCUGCCAUUCACCUGGGCAGGGCCUUCAAGAACACCAAAAUGGUUCUCACCCAGCUGUCUAAUCGGGAAACUUUAAAUGCCAACAUUCAGAAUCAAUUUUCCCGCAACAUUGAUGCCAACACACACGCACUGAAUCACCUCCGGUCGUCGUUCCACAAGAAUGACAGUUCGACUUCCGGUGUUGCCAACGCUACGAGUGUGAUUUAUACCGAUUUAGACUGUGUGUGGUUGUUGUAUUGCAAGAAUUUGGUCGCCACUGCCAAGUUGAACGCACCGUAUGGUACUAUGGCUAGAAUCAAUGGGCUGGCGCUGCGCAUGCUGACGGGAGACGUGCCAUCUGAUCGCGCGUUGGAUACGAUGUUGUACGAGGUGUUGACAGGAUGGACGGAGUUGAAAUGCACAGAUAUGUUUCCAAGGUGCAGUAACGGAAAUCCAGCGACAGUGGUGCUAGAGUCUAUUCUUCAACCGUUGAGGAAGUCGCAAACUACUUCCAAUAGACUAUAAAAAAUAUAUUUUUUAUUAUACUUAUGGGGGCAGCUAUACUUGAAAUGAGUAUCUCACAUUACUAAUUGAUACUGUCCGACCAAACCAGUUUUUACGGCCAAAACCGAAUUUCAGCUUCGGUCACAGGCCGGUUUUCAACCGAAACCGAUACUAAGCUGAAACCCGUUAUUUCGCCGAACCUAGGCCGGAACCGAAACCGUCGAUGGGUCACUUUAUUGACAAUCUCGAUUCAGGAUAAAGACGAACAUUGAAACCAUUGGAAGCAUUGAGAUUGAAAAUAAGAAACGUGCGUCUGUCAGUUGUUCCCGAUAAACUCAAAAACUGAUUUCCGUGUGGUUUUCACCAAAAGACAAAUUAUCAGGGACGUUUAAAUGUAUAAUUUGGCUAGAUUCUAGAUUCUAUGAGUAUUGUUGAGAGCGUCGGAAAUAUGCCAAACGGUGAUGACAGAAGGCGGAUGAAGUCGUGGGCAUCUGCUAGUUCUUUAAUAAAAUACACGCAAAACGUGUGAAAACAAUAUUAUUAGGAGAUAUAAAUAAUUGAACUAUAAAACGCAGUCUUAAUAAAGAGAGUGACAAUUAGGCGCUCAGCACUAGGUGUUUUUAACAUGCACGCACGUUUUAUACAAAAAAAAAUCUUUUUUAAUUUUAUUUAUUUAUUUACAAACUUACACUAACAUUACAGGUUUUCCCCAGUUCACUAGUGUAGCCAUGUUUUACAAGUAACAAAAAUUAAAUAAAUAAAAGUAAAAUAGUUAAAUUAUCCAUUGCGCGUGUGAACGAAAAAAAGUUUUUUUUUUUUUUUAUUCUUGGCGGUACGUCUUUGCCGGUAGGGUGGUAACUAGCCACGGCCGAAGCCUCCCACCAGCCAGACCUGGACAAAUUAAGAAAAUCUCAAUCUGCCCAGCCGGGGAUCGAACCCAGGACCUCCGUCUUGUAUAUCCACCGCGCAUACCAUUGCGCUACGGAGGCCGUCAAAAAAGUUAAACUAAUGUUCUUGUUUGUAGAUAAAAUAGUAACAAAUCAGUACAGAAGUUUUCAUAAUGGCAACAUUGUAAAGGUUGUUUUAUUUGACUACUAUAAGUAACUUAGAAUUUGAAAUUGGAAUUUUCGAAAAGUUCGAAUUUCUCAUUAUGGCAGGCGUCCACAGAUCCGCAUCAUAAAUACCAGCGGCGGAAAGUUCAUGCAAGCCGAUUCUCACAGGUUAUUUUUAAAAAAUCCAUGCUUUUUCAUUGUUGUACUGUAUCUAGAGAUUGAUAUAAUUGAGAAACCGGAGUUCGUAUUACGCUGUAUGAAUUUCCUUUUCUUUGUGUCGGCUUACCUUCAUCUAAAUGCUAUCCUUAGCCACUGAUAGAUUUGUUUUUGAGUAUUCUCUGUAUAGUCAUACAAGUGCGUCCACUGAUCCAAUUGCAUGGAUUGCAUCGAACGGAUUUUAUCUGCUGUAAAAUUAAAAAUCCGUUUGAUGCGAUAUGUACGGAUGCGGAUUUGUGGACGCCUGCUAUUAGGAAUACUUUUUUUUUAAAUUGUUAUUAAAAUUAAGUACAAAAUGGACAGUCUUUAGUAAUAACCGACUGUAACGCAGUGUUUAUUUAACAUUUGUUAGUUUUUAGGUUUAGUUAUGUAAAAAUAAAAGGCGUUAAAGUUCUUAAAGCUCCCAAAAUAAAUAUCGAAUAAUAUAAAAUAUUAAAAUGUGCAGGUGCUAAUAUUAUGUGAAUUUUAACGUUUUUUGUACAAAUCUUAAUUUAAACAGACCAUAGUGUUAAACAAUUUAUUUUUACGACUAUUCAUCAAUUUGUCACGGAAAAUCAAACUUGCAAUUUGUCACGGAAAAUCUAUGUACCUUCUAUUUGUAAAAAUAUUUCGGAAUAUUUUUACCAAUCAUUCUUUGGUCAAUAGUAAAGAAGCGUAACCCCAGUUUCCGAAAAUGGUCUUAGAUUAAUUUAUAUUAUUUUUAUGGUAUUAUAUUAUUAAUUUAUCUUAGGUUAUUGUUACUGACUGAUGAAAAAUAAAUUAGUAUUAAACAAAAAAAAUAUAAA